ACAGUCGUGUGCAGCCGCUGUGGACUGUUGAUUUGGGUUGCCUUGUUCUGUGCGCUACCCCAACAACCCGUGCGGUGAUGGCGAGGAAACCCCGUUGACAAGGCACUGCUUUUUCAUGACGCCCAGGGAACAAAGGGUGUUAAAUGACUGAAUCCAUGCUUCCUGCUGGAAAUCUGUGUCAUGGAUGAUGAGGACGAUCGCCGUCUUCUGGAUAUUUUAGGAGAUGUGGAUGCAUUGAAUGAUUAUCUCCAUGGCAGCAACAGCAAGUCUAUUGAGGAGGACGAUGUGACGAAUGCAGCUUACGGGUCAGAUGGAUCCUUCUUUGCGAGUGACACGGCUGGCUCCAACACUGGCCUCAAGGAUGGCUCUUCUUCAAUGGGUGAAUUUGGCGAGGAUUCAGCAGGGGCCGGCCUCCAGCUCUCCAGCAGCCUUUCAUUUAUCGAGGAUGAACUGGGGCCGGAGACCUCCCCUGGAGGGGUGGAUCUCGGGGGGGAGGACCAGCCCUUCGAUAUCCUUCAGAAGUCUCUCAUGGAGGCCGAUAUCACGGAACAGACGCUGGCCCAGGAGGCCUUACUGGACUCCCAGCCCGCUCCCACUCUAGUGCAGGCUCCUGUUCCAUUCCCCUCCCAGCUGGUCUCUGGGUGUUAUGGAGGGGGAGUGGGUGUGGUAACCACGGCGACAGCUGCAUUCCCCGCAGGCCAGUUCCUGCAAGGGGUGUCCCAGCUGCCCAAUGGCUCCGCCCAGCACAUCCAGGUGUUGGGCUCAUUUGGGGCGGGUGGUGGCGUGAUGACUCUGAGCAGCUUGGAAAGAUCUCCUCAGAUUGUGCUGAGGCCGGGGGCGCCUGUAUCUGCAGCGGGGACCCCAACAGGGGGGCAGGUGUUUGCCCCUACCCAAGGGCAGGUAGGCCAAGUCGGUUUACCUUUCAAAAACAUCCCCCUGCAAAACAUCAUCAUCCAGAGAGGCCCGGGAGGGACCCAGACUCUUGUCAGACCGAUCCAGCCUAAACCUCUUCAAGCUGGGGCUCAGACUGUCUACAGCCUUGGUCUUCAGCCCACUCCCACCACCAUGGCUAAUGUAGUUAAUGCCAACACUGCUACUCCUGGGGGGCAGUACACAGCCAAUGGCUCCAUAGUAGUGCAGCCGCCCCUGGAGCAGCAACAAGCGCAGGCCCAGACAAAUAUGCCACCUGGACAGUUCUUGCUGCCCGGCUCUUUGGCUCUCACUCCGGCCAGCACCAUCCACAACGGCCCCGCUGACCCCAACUCGAAUACCCUUAUUACUGGUCAGAAUGCGGUGCAAAUUGUUGCAGGGCAAAACUUCACCGCACCACCAGGAGGCCAGAUCAUUUUGAAUCAGGGAGUAGUCGAUGGGAGUCAGGUUGGAGGGGGUGUAACUCAAACGUGGACAGGAGUUUCUGGUGCGAACUCCGCGCAGACAUCGUGCGCUCCCGGCCGGCUGACUCUGGUCGGCCCCGCGACGGCGGGCAUCGGCGGCCAAGUGACGGCGAGCCCCGUUCAGCGCCUUCUCGUGACCCAGAAUCAGAAUUGCACUUCUCUGUCCCCUUUACCUGGUGCUGUGACGCAGGAACAGCAAGACUACAGACAGAAUUCUUCAUCGCCUGCCCUCAAACAGGACAGACAGGUGCAGCUCAGCAGCAUACAUGAUUCAACACUAAACUCGCAGAUCAGUGCUCAGAAGAGACCUGCUCUUCCACCACUUACGAAAGGAGGAUUGAUUUUACAACAGUUGAGGAAUGAUCAUGCUGGAGUUCAGACCCCAGAUCAGCGUAAAUUCACUUCAAUCGACGAUGCUUUGCAGAGACUCCUCCCUUACCAUGUGUUCCAGGGGGCUCCACCCAGCGAGGAUGAGUUCUCACAGGUGGAUGAAGAAUUUGAGGUAGUUGCCACUCAGGUUCUGAAGAGGACCCACGCUAUGGUGAACAAAUACAGGCGGCUGCUAAUGGUGGAAGCAGAGCGCUCCAGUCCGUCAUCAGAAAUGGUGAUGAUAGACAGGACCUUCAACCAAGAGGAGCGCAGCAACCUGACGCAAGACAAACGCAUGGUGCUCGUGGAUCCAGACAGCUUCUUGGAAGAGUUCUGCUGUGGGAUGAAAUCCAAAAUUUUCCAAGAUCCCCUCCCCUCUCAGUCGUUAUCCAGCUGUAGCUGGAAUCAGUCAGACAGAGGCUCUACAGAGCCACCAUACAGGACAGACUCCCAGCCCGGGUACGGAGAUCCGGGUGGGGGUGGGGCUGUAGGUACAGGUGCAGCAGAUAAACUCCACCCUCCACACGUAGAGAACAAGAGCGUCCUGGAACUGAAGAGAUCCCAGCAACACUACGGGCCCAGCAGCGCCGCCAACAACAGCCUCACCGCUGCCAACAGCUAUCCACAAGGUAACCCCUCACCUUUCGCAGCAACGCCGGGAGGACAGACGCACUACCAGGUGUCUCCCCACCUGUCCUCCCACCCGGUCCAGCCCCAGUACCCCCCUCAGCUCACAUCACCCCCUCACCCUGACACAGACUCUGCUCUAGAGGCCGCAGUCAACAGCAUCUUGGAAUGUUAAGACUCAGCUCCCAAUCAUCCCUAAAGUAUGGUUUCAACCUCUUGUGUGUGUGUGUGUGUGUUUGUCAAACUCUCCUGUUGUAAUAUUUGUUGUACCCCCCCACCAACAACCCCGUGUGAAGAGAGGUUAACUCUUCUUUCAGGUCUGUUAUCUUUGUGAUACCAUCUCCGGCCAUGUAGCAUAUGUUUUGUUCUUUUUUUGGUUUACAGUUUGGGUUUUUGACGUAGGAGUCAGAGACUCCGUCGAGGUGCUGGGUGGAGACAGGCACUUGAAAUGACCUAUAAAGAUCCGGGAAUGUGUGCAAUGCAAUGGACUAACAGAUGGAAAGUGUUGUUUUGUUUAUUUUAACCUUAUUUUAAAGGGUUAGGGUCUGCGACGUCAGUAGCUUGAACAUAAGAGUGUCCCUCUCUUCACACACACACAUACACACAGGUCAUUAAUAUCUUGUGCCAGUCGAUUACCCCCACUACCUAUGCUGAAAAACAGGGAUGAGGAGGAGGGACAAAACAACGACUCUGUGCCUAAUUUUAGGUUUUUAUUUUGAAGUGUUUACAUGAAGAAGCUCUAUUCAAAAAUAUCCAUUCACUUGGUUCCUUUGCAUUACAAACAUGCACAGCGCAAACACACACACGCUUUAGUACAAGGCCCUAGGUAGGUUCAUGGUUCAGAGGUGGAGAUUUCCUUUUAGGUAAGCUCAGUAGACAUUCACAUAGAGAAAUUGCACUAUACGUACUGUUGCUUAUUUCAGGAACUAUAUGAGAAUGAGGAUCUUGUUGAUAUCUCGGCUAAACAGAGUGCGAUCAUUUGGAACUGAACCAAAAUCUACCGCCUGCUUUCAGCUGCCUGCAACAAGAAUAACCUCUUAAUCACACUAGAAACCAGUCAAACUAGUCACGUAGACAUGUAUAGUAGCGUUACUGUACUCAGCAUUGCUUUCUUUCUUGUGCUUAAGUCACAUUUUCUUUGGCAUUUUUCUUUUGUACCUUAAAGGUAUGCAAGCCCCGACACAGACACAGGACAAAUCUCGAUGUCAACCACUUCUGUCGUUUUACAGUGUGUUUGUGUCCGGGGAGUUCAGUCCUCAGAUUGAGGAGGAAUAUGUUACAAUAUCUUUUUUAUUUAGAUUUUUAUUUCCUCAUUUUUAGAAAUGACAUUAAAAAAAGAUGGCUUUUUGUUUGUUGUGAUGUGUUCCCUGGCUCUGUGAACAUGACAAUGUCGUCAUUAGUUUAAAUGACCCUGGAGGGUCAUUGAUUGUACCUAUAUUUGUCUGCCUUCUGCAUACAGUAUAAGAUAUAUUGAUCAUAUCUAUCUAUGCUUUACUACCUUGACAUGUCUGUCAGUGUGUGUUUUAAUCUGCAUACACACACACACACUCGUCUUUGACUAUAUUUUCAUGUAGUUUGGUUGUUUGAGUUUGCCAUACUCUCAACUUAAUUCCCAAGUGUUUUCGCUCAGUCCCCCAGGAUGUUUUUCUCACUUUCCAGUGUUCCUUUUCAAGCAUUUCUCACAUUUCCUGUUUUCCCUCUCAGCAGCGCAACCAAAAGUCAUAAUAGGAGAGAGUGUGGUCUUGUCCAGAAUCGCUGUCAGAUCUUUUUGUCUUUGUGCUGGUGACAGCAGCUCUGUGGCUGUUUUUUUUUUCCACAAAAAAAAAAAAAAAAAGCUGUGGUGUUGCGCCUAGACGACUUGGGCUCCCACUGUGCUCUGGUUUUGUAGAGUUUUCAUUUAGUUUUUAGAGCUAAAAAAUCAUCUUACUGUGACAUUUCAUUAUGACAAAGAAUUAACCCUUAACAUUGGCCUUGUAUUUCUGUUUUUGGAGCAACAUUUUUGCAAAUAAAUCUACAGAAAUCUGCACUAAGCAAGAAAGAGCAGUUUCUGUCGAGCCCGACAAAGGACCAAAGCUUCGGUUAAACAUGCUAAAUGCUCUUGGGGUUGAUUCUGGAUAGUCUCACCUUUCUCCUAUAAACAUGUCUGUGAAAUAUGCUUGCCUAUAGGCUACGGGAGCAGACUGAAGGCCUUUUAUAUGAGGUGAUAGAGUUUGUGUUUAGGUGACAGUGGCCACUGCAGCCCGCCUGUAUCUCUGCCUAUAGACCUCUUAUAUCUGCCAGUGCACACCGAGAGAACUGGGCUCUCUGCUUUGAAAGCAAAUCUCUAGUGACAUGCAAGGGUCACAUGAGAUUUGUUAUUUGCUCCUUUAAGCGGUUGCUGCAAGACUUUGUGCCUCUAUAGCACUUAUAUCCACAAGAAAGUUUUAGACUUGCACAAAGUCGGGACAUGUCCAGUAUUGGUGAAACAUUAUGCUAUCUUGAUGCAUAUCAGUGUCUGAGGGCCUGGUAGGAACAUACUGUGCUUUUUCUCCCCUGUUUUCAGUGCAGAGAUGUUUUUCUGCCUACAUUUUCACUGUUAUUUUGUCUCACUUGAUUUGUAUAGUUUGUUGUUUUGUAUAAAAAUGAAAAGUGAAACACAAAAUAUUUAUAAUUUUUGUAUGGAGAAAAAAAAGAAGAAUGUAAACCACAAAAAAGUGAGAAAAUGGAAAUUAUUUUUUAUUGUGUUGGCUAAGAUGCGGCGUCAGGAAAAAAAAGGUUACAAAAAUACUGUCAUUUCUUCAUUUGUAGCUAAUGUGUGUUCACUGCAGCAGCAAGGAGAGUCAACAAUAAAUUCAUUUUUAAUACAAUAACAAACUGGUCCAGUUCAGCUGAGAACCUCCUUCAGUGUCCC